AAUGAGGUGGCGCUGUUUGUCAUCGUUCACAGUUGAUAGUUUAUGACAUCUGUUCGCUUGGAGAUGUAAACAGUAAAUAUUUAGUUAAAAGUUAUUUUUAAGUAAAAGUUGUUUCUUAAAAUGAUCUAAUAAGUUAAGAUAAUAGAAAAUAAAAAUGUCUGGAUAUGAUUCUGGAGUCGAAACUGGAAACGAAAGCAAUGAAAGUCAUUGCAUGUCUGUGGAAUCGUUAGAACAGAGCGAGAAUGGCCAGGAUCACAACAGUACAUCGGAUAAGCUAGAAAGUUCUGCAGAAUCAACAGAUCCUCCAGCAGGAUUAUCAUUUUUAAAUGUUCAACCUUUAUCUCACCAAUUUGGAUAUAACAGUAAUUACAAGCAACAUAAUGUGGCAGAAAAAUUGCAGUUUGGUUAUGGCAGUGAAUAUGAGCAACAUGAUCACACAGGAAAAAUGAGACCUGGAAUUGUUCAGAAAAAGCAUGAUCGUUGGAAAUAUGUAGAUGGCAUUUAUACCAGAGUUCGUGAUGUCUUAGGUAAGUUAAAGUGUUAGUAAAGAAUGAAUUAA